ACCGUCCCUCCCCUUUUAAAUCUUUUGUUUGAGCCCCACACAAACACAGCCUGCAUUCCAGCCAUCAGGGUUACAUUGUUGGACCACCAGGACGCACACAUGGCUUGGAUUUAAAGAAUUAUUGCAAGCGUUUAGUUUUUUUCCGGAUCAGCAAUGGCGGCUUGUGUUUUUCUUCAUUUUGGUUUGCUUGUGCUGCUGCCAACACGGGCUUUUUCGGAAAUUCGCUACUCGAUCCCCGAGGAGGUAAAAGAUGGAACUAUUGUUGGGAAUGUUGCAAAGGACCUCGGCCUUGACGUCACCUCUCUGGUCGAUCGACGGUUCCGGGUGGUUUCCGAGUCCAAAGAGGCCUUUUUCGAGGUAAACCAGCACAACGGGGCGUUGCAUGUGAACAAGAGAAUAGACAGAGACGAGUCCUGUCAUGGCAGCGGCGCCUGCUUAGUCGAGCUCAAAGUCAUCGUGGAAAACCCUUUGGAGAUCCAUUAUGUAGUCGUGGAGAUCACGGACGUCAACGACCACUCUCCCGCGUUUACUGAACGCCAGCAGACGUUUGAAAUAGCAGAGCACACCCUGCCGGGGAAGCGGUUCCAGCUGCAUGCCGCACACGAUCCCGACGCAGGGAUCAACUCCAUACGGGCCUACACUUUGACGUCGAAUGAACAUUUUGAAAUAGAUCUCCGCCAAAGCGACGAGGAUAAGAUUCCGUUUUUGGUGCUGAAGAAAUCUUUGGACCGGGAACACAAGGACAAACACUGGCUGCUGGUCACGGCAGUGGAUGGGGGUAAACCUCCACGGUCAGGCACUCUAAAUGUGUCCAUUAUUGUCCUCGACAUUAAUGAUAACAGACCAAUAUUUAGUCAGGAUACUUACCAAAUUACAGUAGCUGAAAAUAUUAAAAUUGGCACUUCAAUAUUUAAAAUGAAUGCAACAGAUCCAGAUGAAGGUACUAAUGGAGAAAUAGAAUAUAGUCUUGCAAAGACACUGAAGAAAAAUAUGUAUAGUGUUUUUGAAUUAGAUAAAUCAUCUGGAGUUAUUAAAGUAAAAGGAAUAAUUGACUAUGAAGAAAAUGAUGUCUAUAAAUUAGACAUUGAGGCAUCAGAUAAAGCAGUACCUCCUCUGACAGGUGAGUGUAGACUAAUCAUAAAAAUAAAAGACAUGAAUGAUAAUCCACCAGAAAUAGAAGUGACAUCACUGUCCAAUAAAGUACCCGAAGACUCAAAACCCGGUACUGUUAUUUCCCUCAUUACUGUAAAGGAUAAAGACUCCGGUGUCAAUGGUAAAAUAAUCUCCACCAUAAUAAACGACGUCCCUUUUGAAUUAAAGCCUUCCUACAAGGAAAACAUAUAUUCCGUUAUCACUAAAGAAUAUUUAGAUAGAGAGCACGUGUCCCGAUAUGAAAUCACCAUAAAAGCUACAGACUGUGGAGAACCUCCUUUAUCAACAUUUAAAACCCUCCACGUUCAAAUAUCAGAUGUUAAUGAUAACAGUCCGUACUUCCAACAGAACCCUUUGGAAUUCUACCUGACUGAGAAUAAUGUGGCUGGGAAUUCUAUUUUCUCUGUAAGCGCCACAGACAAAGACUUAAAUGACAAUGCAGCUAUUAUUUAUCACAUUGUUAGAGAUGGCCGCCACAAUGACAUUAUGUCUUUUCUAAAUAUUAAUUCAGAAACCGGACAAAUAUCAGCACUAAAGAGUUUUGACUUUGAGACGCUAAAAAGCUUCCAGUUCCAAGUGGUGGCCACAGACGCUGGAAGUCCUCCACUGAGCAGCAACGUAACAGUCAAGGUGUUCAUCCUGGAUCAGAACGACAACGCUCCGGUCAUCCUGUAUCCAGUCAGCUCCAACGGUUCCUCCGAAGGCGUGGAGGAGAUUCCCCGCAAUAUGAAAGCAGGAGACUUGAUGACUAAAGUCCGAGCCUAUGACGCUGAUAUCGGAUAUAACGGCUGGUUACUGUUUUCACUGCAGCAAGUCACUGACCACAGUGUCUUUACUUUGGACCGCUAUACGGGCCAGAUCAGAACACUUCGCUCAUUGACAGAGACAGACGAGGCUGAGCAUCAACUGCUCAUACUGGUCAAAGACAAUGGCAACGUUUCACUCUCAGCAACAGCUACUGUGACUGUCAAACUUGUGGAGCCCAAAGAGGCUUUUGCAGCUUCUGAUGUCAAACGUGCAGCAGCAAAAGUGGACAAGGAGGAGGACGACAAUGUGACUUUUUAUCUCAUCAUCACUUUGGGCUCGGUCUCCCUCCUUUUUGUCAUCAGCAUCAUCGUGCUGAUCGCCAUGCAGUGCUCCAAAUCCACAGAGUACACUUCCAAAUAUCUCCAAGACACUAAUUAUGAUGGGACACUGUGUCACAGCAUCCAGUACAGAUCAGGAGACAAACGCUACAUGUUAGUUGGACCCAGAAUGAGUAUCGGUUCUACUGUGGUCCCGGGCAGCCAUGCCAACACUCUGGUUCUCCCUGACAGGAGACUCGCUUCUUCUGGGGAGGUAAGACAUCAAUUUUUCUGCAAUAUAAGUUAUGUGCAUUUUAAUUGUGUGGUGUAACAUUGUCUCCUGCAAAGCCAUGCUCUCCAUGGUGCUGAAUUCUGUUGGUUAGCUUGUCUUCAUGCUUCUUUGCUGGUUGAAAUGAAUGUGAGCAAUGUGAAUGCUGUUCGAUCAGAGUGAUGGUUUUGUCCAAAAUGAGUAGUAGGCCAUA